AGCAGCCUCCGGUCUCCCCGCAGCCGCCCAUCCCCGCAGGCUCCGGUCCCCUCGGGCAGCGUCUCCUCCUUCUCCUUCUCCUCCUCCUCCUCGGAGGCAGCGAUUCCGCGCAGCACCGGGACCCAGGUCCUGCUGAUGAAGAGGAGGUGAGGCCCGAGCUGUAGCUCACCCGGGUGCCAUUCCCUGUGGGAAGUUCCUCUUCUCCCCUCGCCCCAUCCCGCCCCUUGGGGCCUCGUGGAGCCAUCCCGAUGCCGAAGAACAGCAAAGUGACGCAGCGGGAGCACAGCAGCGAGCAUGUCACCGAGUCAGUGGCCGACCUGCUGGCCCAUGAGGAGCCCGUGGACUACAAACGCAGCGUCCUCAACGUGACGGGGGAGACCUGGGACAAGCAGAAGGAUGGGGAUGAGGAGCUGGAUGCGGAGAACCGGCCGGCGUGGAACAGCAAGCUGCAGUACAUCCUGGCGCAGAUCGGCUACUCCGUGGGGCUGGGCAACGUCUGGCGCUUCCCCUACCUCUGCCAGAAGAAUGGAGGAGGUGCCUACCUGGUCCCAUACCUGGUCCUGCUCAUCAUCAUCGGGCUCCCCCUCUUCUUCCUGGAGCUGGCAGUGGGGCAGCGGAUCCGCCGGGGCAGCAUCGGCGUCUGGAAUUACAUCUGCCCGCGCCUGGGAGGCAUUGGCUAUGCCAGCUGCCUGGUGUGUUUCUUUGUGGGUCUCUAUUACAAUGUCAUCAUCGGCUGGAGCAUCUUCUACUUCUUCAAGUCCUUCCAGUACCCUCUUCCCUGGAGCGAGUGUCCCAUCGUAAAGAACGGCUCCGUGGCUGUUGUGGAGACCGAAUGCGAGAGGAGCUCGGCCACCACCUACUUCUGGUACCGGGAGACCCUGGACAUCUCCAACUCCAUCUCGGAGAGCGGGGGGCUCAACUGGAAGAUGACCCUGUGCCUGCUGGUGGCCUGGAGCCUUGUUGGCUUGGCCAUGAUCAAGGGCAUCCAGUCCUCAGGGAAGGUGAUGUACUUCAGCUCACUCUUCCCCUACGUGGUGCUGGUUUGCUUCUUGGUGCGGGGACUUCUGCUGCGCGGGGCAGUGGAUGGGAUCAUGCACAUGUUCACACCCAAGCUGGACAAGAUGCUGGACCCCCAGGUGUGGCGGGAGGCAGCUACACAGGUUUUCUUUGCCUUGGGGCUGGGCUUUGGGGGAGUCAUCGCCUUCUCCAGCUACAACAAGCAGGACAACAACUGCCACUUUGAUGCCACCCUUGUCUCCUUCAUCAACUUCUUCACGUCCGUCCUGGCCACCCUGGUUGUGUUUGCUGUGCUGGGCUUCAAGGCCAACAUCAUGAAUGAGAAAUGUGUGGUGGAGAACGCUGAGAAGAUCUUGGGCUACCUGAACACCAACGUGCUGAGCCAUGACCUCAUCCCACCCCACGUGAACUUCUCCCACCUCACAGCCAAAGACUACAACGAGAUGUACAGGGUGAUCAUGACCGUGAAAGAGGCGCACUUCAAAGAGCUGGGCUUGGACCCCUGCCUCUUGGAGGAUGAACUCAACAAGUCGGUGCAAGGAACUGGCCUGGCCUUCAUUGCCUUCACAGAAGCCAUGACCCACUUCCCAGCCUCACCUUUUUGGUCCGUGAUGUUCUUCCUGAUGCUGAUAAACCUGGGGUUGGGCAGCAUGAUUGGGACCAUGUCAGGCAUCACGACACCCAUCAUCGACACCUUCAAGGUGCGGAAGGAAGUGUUCACAGUUGGCUCCUGCAUCUUCGCCUUCGUGGUGGGACUGAUCUUUGUGCAGCGCUCUGGGAAUUACUUUGUCACCAUGUUCGAUGAUUACUCAGCCACGCUGCCGCUCACGGUCGUGGUCAUCCUGGAGAACAUCGCUGUGGCCUGGAUUUACGGCACCAAGAAGUUCAUGCAGGAGCUGACGGAAAUGCUGGGUUUCCGGCCCUACCAGUUCUAUUACUACACCUGGAAGUACGUCUCUCCCAUCUGCAUGGCCGUGCUCAUGACCGCCAGCAUCAUCCAGCUGGGAGUCAGUCCCCCGGGCUACAGUGCGUGGAUCAAAGAGGAGGCUGCAGAGAAGUUCCUUUUCUACCCAACCUGGGCCAUGGCCAUCCUCAUCUCUCUGAUCAUCCUGGCAUCCCUCCCUCUGCCCCUGGUCUUCAUCCUCCGGCAGUUCCACCUCGUGUCGGACGGCUCCAAUGCCCUCUCUGUCACCUACAAGAAGGGCCGGAUGAUGAAGGACAUCUCCAAUUUGGAAGACAAUGAUGAGACCCGCUUCAUCCUGAGCAAAGUGCCCAGCGAGACCCCGUCCCCCAUGCCCACACACCGCUCCUACCUGGGUCCUGGGAGCAAUUCCCCCAUGGAAAUGAGCAGUGCCCCCAAUGGACGAUAUGGGAGCGGGUACAUGCUGGCCAGCACCCCGGAAUCCGAACUGUGAUGGUUGCCUGUGGACCACCCCCACCGGGAGAGGAGGUCACUGGGGAGUGGAUCCUGGCUGUCCAGGCAACAGGAAAAUUACUAAGGAAGAUGAAGAAACCCCUCUUAAAAUCGUAACCAAAAGCAGCCAUUUCUAGGAUGACAUCAGGAAGAAGGGAUUGCGGGAGGGGCAGGACUCCUCCAACAACCCUGGGUGGAAAGGCAGGAUCUCCCCGAGCCUUCGGGGAUGGGAGGAGGAACAAGAGAUGCUGCGAUACCUUUCCAAGAGUUGUUCUCAAUGCAGCUCAAACCUGAAGCAAAGAAGCUCUUUUCUAAGCAGCUGAUGGUUGGAAAAAGGACCUGGAGGCAGGUGGAAAGCCAGCACACUUCCUCCUGUCACCCAGCGCUCUUCCCUCCCACUCUGUUGUCCUUUAGCCGGGAGGAGUCAUGGCCUUAUUCCAACGAGCACAAUUACCCAUCGAUGUUCGGAGCACAAAAAGGUGCUGUUGUUGUCACCAUCGUUGUUGUUGUUGUAUCUCCUGUAGGUUUUUAUAGCUGUGGACACACCUAAAUAACCCCCACAUUUUGACCAGGGUUGCCAGGGAGCAGCACGGGGCUGGCUGAGACAUUGCAAGGUGUGAGACAGUGGAUGGUGGAUCCUUGGUAUCUGUUGUGUUGCCACCAGCAUGGGGACAGUGUCUGUGGGUUGUUGUGGGCCAUGGAGGUGUCACAUCCAUGGGGUGCUCCAUGGCUGGGCAGUUAUUGUGCUGAGUGGCAGAAGGACCUCGAAGUGAGGGUGAUUGAGAUGGGCGAGCGUGUGGGGUUCCCAUGAUGGGGGUCAGGAAUGCUCUCUUGGAGUUACUCCUGAGAUGUGGGGUCCUCUGCUGAACCAAACCCCUGCCAUGGUGAGCCUCUCCUCCUGCCACAUUCUUUAGAUGUCCCAGAGGGACAAGCAGGGAAGCAUCCGGCUUCUCCAGGGGCAUCCAGUGCUACCACAGGUUUAGCUCUCAGGAAACCACCUCCUGACUUACCUCCCUUGCACCCACCAGUGCAGUGACCCGGGCAGGGAUUAGCUCUGGGCACGUCCUCGUUUCUCAUAGCUUCAAGCCAGGAGGUCUCUAACACCUCCUGUUGCACUUCCACAGGAGCCCACCAGCCUUCAGGUGGGGGUAACCAGCUCUUGGGGGCAGCAGGCACCUGCUGAGCAGCAGUUAUUGGGAAUCAGUGCCAGGUCCUGGUGUCCCCGCUAGCUCUCGAUCCAGGCUGGUGAGCCCUUGUUAGAGCCCAGGGGCUUCGAUCAUCCCCGUCCACAUUGCCUGGGGACCAGACUGAUGGGACCUUAUGUUGGUUUUCCACAGGCUCUCUAGGGAAGGUUGGGAUCUCCCAGCUCCGAGUCUCUCCCACGGCACCUGAGGGUCAUUUCCUUGAAUCCUACAUGUAGCCAAGCAUUGCUGUCAAGUAUUAGGUGGCAUCUUCCUUCUUUCCCAAACGGGACAGGAGAGCAGCAGCUUGUUUGCCCCCUCUCUCCUCUCAGCAUGUUACUAUGGCCUCCAAAAGCUGAGGGAACUCCUCAUCCUUGGUUCUGCUGGGCUUAGGUCAUGCAUGAUGGUGUUUCAAGCCAGUCUGAAGGCCAAGUUUGUGGGUGCUUGCCCAUGAGCCCUUUACUCCUCUGCUUUCGUGUCAAUGGGUUUUACUCCACCAUGUUUCUCCUUUUGGCUGGGAGGUGAAGUCAGAAGGUACCUUCUCUUGCCACCCCUGAGGCCAGGAGGUCCCCUCAAUGACGUUUCUUUUGUGGGUUGUGAUCCUUUACAACUCUUCUCCAUGGGCUUGGCUGGGGACCCUAAGACUCUUCCUGGACAAUUAGCUCAGGCCCUUCGUUAACCAUUUGCCAUGGGGAAAAUGGAGACACGGCCUGAGCCAAAGCAGCUCAGUCUUUGAUGGCUCUGAGAAGUGCCAGCCCUGUGGGGGCUCUCCUGUAGUGGUCCCCCCUUCACCAUCCCCGCUGCUGCCUUUCUCCUUCCCCUGCCCAUGCAAAGGGACAUCAAACAUAGUCUCUGACCGGGAGAAGCACAAACCCUGUGGCAUUUCCCCAUCAUUAGGCAGGAUGUUCCCUCCCAUCUCUUCUCCCUCAGUCCCCACUUUCCUUUCCCCAACCAGACAGAGGAUGAGCCAAAUCGUUGCCCAAAGUCACCUUCCCAAUACCCCUAAGCGCGGGGCUGGAUUCCUACCACAGCUCCCAUGGAGUUCACAGAGCAGGACACCAAAGGGCUUAGUCCCAUCUGCUCCCAUGGCGUGAUGCUCCUCAGACCCUCGGAGGAAGGAUCCAGCCUUCCAUCUCUCCCAUCACCAUUCCCAAGCCAGCCAGGGAGGCGUUCGCUUUCCUCCCCUCUUCUUGCAGCGUCAGUAAGAGGCAAAGUCAAUAAGAAGGUAACAACAGAAGCUCUAUUAUAUAGAUACAUAAAGCAUAUACAGAGAGAGGAGAUGGAAUCAUAACCUAGAGAGUCUCUAUUUCUAUUGUAUAUUUAUUCUGUAAAUGUUACUGUAAAUGCUGUUAAAUGACAAAACAUAUCCCAAAGUGGCCCGUGACCUAUUUCCAGUCCCAGUGCUGUACAGAUCCAUUCUCAUUGUAUAUUGGGACCUAUUUCUACCUUUUGA